UACCUCCCCUGGUGUACGUGUACAAAGUGGGUUGUGUGUACCUCCAUCUGACACCCAUGGACUGGACCCAGGCUAGGUCCUAUUGCUUCACGAUGGCAGCUGAUCUUGCAGCUCCCAUUACCUUCCAGGCAAUGCAGAAGUACCUCAGUCUACACAACAAUACCAAUAUAUGGGUCGGCGUGAGAUAUCGUAUGUGGGUGCAUGGAAAUCAAGGUAUUUACGAUGGCUGGGUUAACAACACCGCCCCCACUAGCUCCGAGAUGGGUUUGUGUGGACUCCUGCAACCUUUCGAUGGUGUCCACUACUUGGUUGAAAAUGACUGCUACCAACCUAACAUCUUCCUCUGUCAGAACUUGUAUGCUUAAAAUGUCUAGUGGUAAUGGAGAGAAGAGGAUAUUA